CUUGAUUGACAGCUGAUGAGAAUGUACAUGGGCGUGGACAUGACGUAGUUGUCUGUGAGACGGUGACUGGGCCGUGAUCCAACCAUAAGCGGUCGCUUGCACAUCCGCUGAUCACAUGUUAGUCACGCGUACAGAUUUUAGGAUAUAAAACUCGUCUGCACCGGUUCGCUACCCAGAAAUCAGACGAGUUGAUGCACAGCAAGCGGUCUGAAGAUUAGAUCACCUUCACCGAUGUGGUUUUGUGACGUAGUUUCUUCAUCGAUCGUCUGAGAGCAAUUUGCCCGCCGUUUCUAGGGCAUUUUGACCGCUGAGUUGCGUCAAACAAGUGCAAUUCGACCCGGGGCUCGUGACGCGCAAUAUUUUAUCUUCCAACGCCAUUCAUUUGCGGUACUGAGCACAAGAGCCGGAUAUGCUGCUGGAUGCUAUGGGCUGUGGGUUGUCUACGGACAGAAAUGGCGACCUCUCUCCAACGGGACUGGAAUCAGAAGAAGACCGUGUCUGUAUUUUGGCGAAGAGACUUUGGGACUACAUGGUACUGGGCCAGGAGCUGGUCAAGAGUGACGUCAUCCUGGUACUUGGUUGCCAUGACACCCGGGUGGCUGAAUACGCGGCUCGACUGUGGUUGGACGGCUGGGCGGAGUACCUGCUGUUCUCCGGUAACCUUGGGCACUUCACUAAAGGGGUGUGGGACCGUCCUGAGGCGGAGAUCUUCCACGACAUCGCCGUCAGCAUGGGCGUGCCAGACGACAAGAUUCUCCGGGAAACCAUGGCAACCAACACCGGGGAGAACAUCAAGUUCUCCCACCGAGUUCUAUUUCAGCACAAGGUCAAAGCCAACUCCGUCAUCCUCGUCCAGAUGCCCUAUAUGGAGAGGAGGACCUACGCCACCUUUGUGAAGCAGUGGCCGGGAGACAAGGAGAACACGCACGUUGUAGUGACGUCACCAAGAAUAGCAUUCCAGGACUACCCUAGUGAUGACGUCGGUGGUCUGAAGACAACGGUGAACAAUCUGGUGGGCGUUCUGGAACGGAUCAAGUCGUAUCCAAGCAGAGGUUUUCAGAUCACACAGGACAUCCCGGACGAAGUAUGGCUUGCAUACGAGGAGUUGAUUGCCAUGGGAUACGACGGACUAGACUAUAAGAUGAAACCAUCUUAAUUGUGCUGUAAGAGUAACGAAAAACGACAACGACAAGAUACUCGACGAAAACGGCACUCAGGGUAACUUAUGACUUAAAAAGCAACGUAAUUGUACAUUUUGAUGUUCAUGCUAGUGUACAUAACUUAUAAGUAUUACAAUUUUGUAGUAAUUGUUGACUUUAUGAACAAGCCAAGGUAGGGUAAUGGAAAGCCAACAUGGCUAUGUAAAUAUUUAGACAAAAAUCUCAGGUUUGUUAGGUAGGUAAACUUUAAACGUUUCUUGUAUCGUUUGUUCUAAAUACAAUGUAUCGUCACAUUCAUUGCACUUGUAUUCGAUUCAUUUCUAGUGACAAGAUUGACAAGAGAAGUAUGUAACAUUAUACUUCUGCAUAGGUGAUGAUGUUCAUAUUUUUAUCAUUAAUAUUGAUAAUGGUGAUACCUAAAAGUAAUCUAGAUUUCAGUAAGAAAAAAAAAUAUUAAAAUUAUAGUGCAAUUUAAGACACAAAGAUAGUAUUACUGGAGACAAGGAUGAAGCUAGUGAUGUCAGAUUCAGCACUUUGCCAAGGAUUGUGUGUCAAUCGAUAUUCUUGCCUGUACCUUGGUAUAAAGUAGUGUGACCGUAAUCAAACCGUCCGGCCAUCGAACGUACGUACACUUUGCAACAGAAGAGACUCGGGAACCACACUUAGAUAGCCCAGAAAUGUGUCAUGUGAUGAAGCGCUUACUUAGUAGUGCCAAGGAAAUUUUUUAACCUCCUUGGUAGUGCCUUGGAAAGGCACACAUAUUUGUGACACAGCUUACUAACUUAACAAUCUAUCAAUGAUGGCAUGAAUAAUUUUCGGUUGACCCAUGACACAAUUCUAUAGAGUUUUUGUUCAAUUUCACGGUUUCUCUAUCCGCUGGUCGGAUAUACUUUCUGCUAGGAUGACAUACCUUGUGCGUAACGCCUUGAGAAUUAACGUUACUAUCCAAACAAAUACGUCAUGCGCUGCGCAACACACACAAGUCCUGCCUUUCCACAACAAUUUCAAGAACAGAUAGAAGGGAGCAGAACGUUGUUUUUGUAAAGGAUACUGCUAUGUAUUGAUAUUGUGUAUGAUCGUGUUCGAAAUAAACGAAUUGAUGUAAGCGUG